GCCGCGGCUCGGGGCGGUCGCGGCCGCGGCAUGUCCUGAGGCGGCGGCGGCGGCGGAGCCGGGCCCGCAGCCGGGGCCCAGCACGGAGGGGGCGGUGGAGCAACGGGCCAAGGGCCGGGCCCCCAUGAAGGACAAGGAGGCGGGGGCCGAGCGGGGCAAGCCGGCCACGUACACCGGCGAGAAGAAGGCGCGCAUGGCGGCCAAGACCAACAAGAAGUGGGUGCGCCUCGCCACCGUGCUGGCCUACGUGCUGUCCGUGUCGCUGGCCGCCAUCGUGCUCGCCGUCUACUACAGCCUCAUCUGGCAGCCGGUGCGCGGAGGCUCCGGUCCCGGCUCCGGACCCGGUCCUGGCCCCGCUGCUGCCACCGCCUCGCAGCCCCGCUCCGCUCCGCAGGGCCCCGCGGCCGCCUCCCCGGCCGGCCCCACACCGCGGCCCGCACCGGGGCCCGGCCCCACGGACACGGAGCGGCCGGACGCGUCACCGCCGACCGGGGCUGAGGUGGGCGCUGCGGGCGGCCCCUGAGGCCAGGCCGGGGCUGGAGGCCGGGGCUGCCGGACUGUGCUUGGGGCGGAGGAGGAGCCCCGAAGAGCUCGGGCCGAGGGACUGUGCUCACCGGUGGGACUGCGGUACCUCCGUUCCUCCCGUUGUUCCUCAGCAGGGAAUGCUGUGGCUUCGGUAUCCCCCGCACCAGGGCUAGCGUCUCCCGUGGAUCCUGCAUCGAAUUCCUGCGCUAUUUACGCCAGUGUGUUACCUAGGAAGGGAUCUCGGUGGCCAGAGCUCCUCGCUGUUGGAUCAGCUGGGGACCAUACGAGUUUAGAGGCUGUAACCCAUUGUUUCAGUAACCCCGUUUUGUUUCACAACUUAUUUAAAACCAUGUGGAAGGUAAAUUGACUUGUUUACUAUAUUAAAGUAUUUUCCCAAUAUGAAA